AAUCUCAAACAAUACAAGCUCAUUUGAACCACACAACAAGUUCAGACUUGAGAGCAAAAUUCUCUGUUGGCUUUGGUUUGGUGGUCAAUAAGAUGGAAAGAGCCUCUGUAUGUUAUACAAGAAUACAGAGUAUUUGUUCAUCUCUACCCAUUAAUAAGACCGUCAAACAGUUUACAAAACCAUGUGAAAGUUACAGAUUUUAUUUGAGGAUGCCAUCAGCUUAUAGGGGUUUGCAAAAUGAUGGUUUAAGUUUAAAGCAUCGGUUUGGUCAUGAACUAGCAGUCGGGUGUGUGGCUUCGGAAUCAGAAUAUUUGGCUGAAUUAGAAAGUGAACCGGAAGCUGAGAUGAAACCUGAAGAAGAAGAAGAAGAGUGGAUGAAACUGGGAAGGCUGAGAGAAAGGUGCAAGGAAAGGAAGGGAAUGGUGGAGCUUUUGGAGUGCUUGGAAAUAGAAGCAAUCAUGGGGGAAGACCAAGGGAGAGAGCCUAGUGAUUACAACAGAAGAGCCCAGAUCUUUGAUAAGAGUUCCAGAGUUUUCCGGGCUCUCAAGGCACGCAGCAAACCUUCUCAUUCUCAACAAUCUUGAUUUUUGUCAUGUAAUUCUAAUGAUUCGUCUAGUGAAGAUAACUUAUGCCAUUAGUUUGUCCUGCAAUUCUCCUUUCCAAGUCAAAAACAAUACAAGGAUUUCGUUUACCUUUCUGGCAGGUUUUCCUCUUGUUGAUCUUGUUCUCUUUACGGCUGCAGUUAGCUGGAAAUUAUAUUGUCUAAUAAGAAAUAAUAUGGAAAUUGAAUUCCAUCCAGAUUCAACAGGAUUUUCUUUGCUCAGAAGCCACAAGCAGUAUUUACAGUAACCAACAGUUGGAACUUUUGGAUAUAAGUUUCACAAUUAACGCCUCUGCUCUGGCAAAAUGUGGCACAAGCCCACUUGGCUAGCAGGUUCUGCUAUUGAAGAAAAUACUGCUUCUGUCGCAUUCAUGCAACAACUUGCUCAAUAAAUGUUGAGAAACGAUCCUAUGGUUCAAAUGAGGAGCUUAAAACACCACCAAUGAAAUCCACAAUUUUGUGAAAGAUAGAAGACAGCAAAAGUGGAAGUAUGGGUGCUACCAAAAGUUUCCUAACCAGCAAAGAAAAUUUAAAUAACAAUUCAUAUAAGAUCCAGUCCCAAAAAAAAAAAAA